AAACGAAAUAGGCUUAGAAGAUGUCAACGGAGAGACACGCUUCCUCGACUCCGACUUCUCCUGAAGAUAAUGCUAUGUUUUUGGAUAUACUACAUGAAGCUCCUUUGUUUGGUCACCGGAAAUCUAGGAGUCUUUUUGGGAGUAUUGUUUACGUUUUCGUAUUGGCAGGUUACGGUGUUUUGGCUGCAGGAGCUCCAUGGAUAUUUCAUCCUAUAAAGAGUUUGAUCCCGCCAUUGCUUUGCAGUUGUGAUGUUAUUCUUUUGGUAGUCACAGGCAUAUUUCAACAGUAUUUCGUUUAUCAAGUGCAGAAAAUACGCUUACAGGGUUAUUAUAGUUUCAGUCAGAAGUUGAAACAUAUUGUUCGCCUACCGUUUGCCAUUACUGCAUAUGGAACUGCUGCAAUGCUACUUGUCAUGGUUUGGAAACCCCACAUCAGUAUUCUUUCUAUCUCUACAGUACUGAGGAUUAUUAUGUUGAUCGAAGCAAUAUGUGCUGCUUCUUUUAUGAGUGUCUAUAUUGGUGAGUUUUUGUACGUGUCAUCAUAUAAUUCAUUGAAUUCGCCUGAUGUUUUGAAUUCAUUAUAUUCUCCUUCAACCAUCAGUUCUUUGGAAGGUUUGAGGUAUCAUGAUGGUGGUCGACUAUCUGAUCAGCAUAUGGCUUUGUUGCAAUAUCAACGUGAGAACCUUCAUUUUUUGAGUGAGGAGAUCCUUCGGUUGCAAGAGUGCUUAAGCAAAUAUGAACGGACUGAUGAUGGAAGCACACCUCAGGUUGAUCUUGCACAUUUGUUAGCAGCUCGUGAUCAGGAAUUACGGACACUUUCUGCUGAGGUGAAUCAGCAGCAAUCUGAAUUAAGGCUUGCUCGAUCUCUGAUAGCUGAGAGGGAAUUAGAGGUGCAGCGAGUUCGGAAUACCAACAAUCAGUAUGUGGAAGAGAAUGAAAGGCUGAGAGCGAUUUUAGGAGAAUGGAGCACACGAGCAGCUAAGCUUGAGCGUGCAUUGGAGGUGGAGCGGAUGUCAAAUCUCGAAUUGCAGAAGAAGAUUUCGACAUUGAGAAAUCAAAGUGUACCAGCAGAAUCUAACGAGUAGGUCAGAACCUUAUUUACUCCUUUUAUAGAGAAAUGUUUAUGAUGAUUUCUUCAGAGCGUGACAAUUUUCUUAAGAAAAUGUAGUUAUUAAAGAAAGCUUGCCAUCCCGUUCCCACCAAUGCAAAACUAGAAAUGAUGUACAUAUGGUUCACGAGGUAGCUUUUUCGUCGGUGGUAUGGUAUUUACUGUAAAUUCUGUUCGGCCUGCAUACUGAUUCCUUCCAAAUUUUUCUUGCUAUCUAUUUCAAACUUGUUCUA